CUCGAGCAUUGCAAUCGUUCAGUCUUAUUUUGUAUUGUGAGCUGGAACAAUUAACUUCGAUUUUGUUGUUGUGCAAUAAGUGAAAUUUGAUUUUUUUUUUGUAGAGAGCAGGCACUAUAAUUGCAGUCAAAAUGGCUUGGUACGAGAUACCCAAUACAAAUGCAGUAUCAAUUUACAGUGCGUUGCUUUUCGGCGUGCUUACAGUUGUCUUCGUUUUCCGUUUGUGGCUAAAAGCAACAUGUGGCAAAUUCGAAUCAAAGGUACGAAUGGACGGUAAAACUGUACUUAUUACUGGAGCAAACAGUGGUAUAGGUAAAGAAACAGCACGAGAUUUGGCUAAGCGAGGUGCACGAAUUAUCAUGGCAUGUCGAACAAUGGAAACAGCUAAUAAAGCUAGAGAUCAAAUAAUUAAGGAAUCUGGCAAUGAGAAUAUUUUCAUUAAAAAGCUCGAUUUGAGUUCUCAAAAAUCGGUUCGUGAGUUUGCUGAUGAUAUAAACAAGUCAGAAAGUAAAAUUGAUGUGUUGAUCCACAACGCCGGAUAUGCUAACACAUUUAACAAGACGAAGAGUGUUGAUGGAAUCGAAAUGACUAUGGCAACUAAUCAUUAUGGACCGUUUCUUCUUACACAUUUAUUGAUUGAUUUACUUAAAAAGUCAGCUCCAUGCCGAAUUGUUAUAGUCGCAUCUGAAUGCUAUCGCUUUUGUCGUCUUAAUUUGAAGAAUUUAAAUCCAAUUGAUACAAUGCCUGGCUAUUUGUAUUACGUUAGCAAAUUCGCAAAUGUUAUGUUUGGAUUGGAACUGGCAAGAAGAUUGAAAGGCACAAACAUUACUGUUAACAUGUUGCACCCAGGAAUGAUCGAUUCAGGAAUUUGGAGAAAUGUUCCAUUCCCAUUAAAUAUUCCAAUGGCCUUCAUUAAAGGAUUCUUUAAGACAACAGAAGAAGGAGCUCAAACUUCACUCUUUCUCGCAUGCUCAGAAGACGUUAAGAACAUUUCAGGAAAAUAUUAUUUGGACUGCAAAGAGUGGGAUCUCCAACCAUACAUUAUCGAAGAAGACAAGCACAAGAUUUUAUGGGAAGAAAGCGCAAAGAUUGUCAAAUUGACAGAAAAAGAUCCAAAAAUAUAAAUUCAAAAAUCUUAGCUAAAAGCUUUUAAAGUAAUUGGGAUGUACUUUGGGACUAUUUAUAAGUCAAUUAAACUAAGAUUGAUUAAUUGUGAAUUCGUUAGUCAUACAAAGUUUUAAGGAACUUUAAUCAACAAAAAUCUAGAUCUGAGAUCCUUGAAUUAUCAAGCACAG